UGGAUGAAUACCAAACUCAUACAAUAACUUAAAGGUUGCUUAAUUAGAAGAAGAAGAAGAUAAUAAUAUUUGCAUGAUGCAAACUGGAAAUGGGCAGCUAUCUGUUCCUCCCGGGUUUCGGUUUCAUCCAACUGAUGAAGAACUUCUAUACUAUUACUUGAAGAAGAAGGUUUCUUAUGAAGCUAUUGAUCUUGAUGUUAUUAGGGAAGUUGAUCUUAAUAAGCUUGAGCCAUGGGAUCUUAAAGAUAGAUGCAGAAUAGGAUCAGGACCUCAAAAUGAAUGGUAUUUCUUCAGCCACAAGGACAAGAAGUAUCCGACAGGAACCCGGACAAACCGUGCUACGGCGGCCGGAUUCUGGAAAGCAACCGGGAGAGACAAAGCAAUAUAUCUUGGAAAUUCAAAGAGAAUUGGUAUGAGAAAAACCCUAGUGUUUUAUACUGGUCGUGCCCCUCAUGGUCACAAAACUGAUUGGAUUAUGCAUGAAUAUCGACUCAAUGAUCAAGAUUCUCAACUUCAGCAAGAAGAUGGUUGGGUAGUAUGCCGAGUAUUCAAAAAAAAGAACCAAGGAAGAGGCUUACAAACCGAACUAAACCACCACGAUUAUAAUGACAACGAUAACGACAACAAUCCCAACACCCACAUUACUAAACCACCCACCAAUAAUUACACUACAACAUCCUCAACUCUACUACAACAAAAACAACAUCCAUACAAUAGCUCUAGCCAACAAUCAUUUAUAUUCCCGACAAAUUAUCUAACCGAUUACACUUUCGAUGGAACCAUGCAUCUUCCACAAUUAUCCAACAUUGAUUCAUUAUCCAACAAUGUUGGAACUGUGUUUACUGCCAUGGAUAAUCUUUUAAGAUUAAGUACUUCUAAUGGAGGAUUGGUGAUGAAUACACAAGCUAAUGGAGGAAAUGAGAUGGGAUUAUUGGAUAAAUUAAUUGCUAAUUAUCAAGAAGAAGCAACACAAAGUAAGAUUGUUAAUCAUGAUGAGAUUGUUGGAAUGAGUUCAAGUAGUAGUGUUCUUCAGUAUCCACACAAGUUUGCUUUUCAGUAUAAUCUUAGUUCUGAAUCUGAUUUGUUGAAGUUUUCUAAAUUUCACAAUUUCUUGUAUGAGAUGAUCUCAGAUGAUGAUGAUGAUAAGAAUACGAGCUUCUUGUUUGAGGUCAUCUCACGGAGAUACGGUCUUUCAUAA